CAUUCAUCUCCCAUCUUUGGCUUGGGAACCAUUUUUAUCCAGAACCUUGAAAUACCAUUUCUCCCUUUUUGGUAUUUCAAAUUCCCCCACACAAAAGCAAACCCUAAUUAUAAUCUUCUCAGCUCUAUCUUUCUCAACAAUCCUAAAACAAAACACUUUCUUUUCGGGAUAUACAAAUGUAAUCAGAAUCGAUGUGAAUUGGAGCGGUUGGAUUCUCCUUGUAAAGAAUUUACUCAUUCUCUGGUGCUUUGGAUUAUAAAAAGCUGGAUUUAAUGGAUACCAACGUUUGUGACAUCAAUCACUUGGAUGCUGAUGUCCUUUUGCCUCCUCGGAAGCGCCUGUUAGCUGGCUUUAAGAAACGAGCUUCGAAUGCAAAUGGUGCUUCAGAUCAGCCAAUAGCUGCUGCUUCAACUUCAUCUCCUUCACCUCCUUCACCAUCAUCUGCUACUUCAUCAAGUGAUGUUGAUGCUCAUCUUAAUAACUUAUUGAGUUCACGUUUCAAUAACCCUAACCUUUCUCCCGAGGAGAUUUAUGAGGCCUCUAGUGCAGCCGCUAUUGCUGCUGCUAAGACUGCUGAAGCUGCCAGAGCUGCAGCAGAGGAGAAGGCUGCAAUUGCAGCUAAAGCUAUCGCCGCAGCUAAGAGUGCAUUGGACAUGGUAGCAACAUUUUCUGAAGAUGUUGGUGGUAAGGAUAGAUACCUCAAAAAGAAUAAGUUCAAGAAGCAUGUCCCAGUUCAAGUUUUAUACAAAAAACACCAACCAAUUGAGAAUUCUAGGGUAGAUGAAGAUUUAGCCCAGAGGUUGCACCGAGCAAUCAAUAGUUCUCCAAGAAUCUCAAACGAUUCACCAAUUUAUGAAUGUAAAGGUCAUCAACAGAAAAGGUCCAAGAGCUUGCCAACUCUGGAGAACACGAAGGUUCCCAAUGGGGGUACUGUGCUGAGAGGAAGCCCUUCUUCUACCUGCAAUGGAGGUACGAUGGCAGCCGAGAUCAAUUCUGAUGACUUGGUUAAGGAGCACGUAAAGGUAGCCAAUUAUGAAAAAUCAGGGGAGUCGGUGUUGGAUAAUGGUGAAUCAGAAUCAAAGGAAAAAGCUUGCGAAGAUACGUAUCCUACUGGUAAAAGGAGGGGAAGAGUAAAGCUAAAGAAGUUGCCCUUGAGCGUUUGUUCCUAUAGGGAUCGAGUGAAUGCCAAGGAAGAUAUGAUUACUAAGAACUCUCCGUUGAUGGACAAGAACAUGGGUACACCUGUGUGGAAAUGCCAGGAUUUCAAGGCCCCUUCAUGUAUCGAACAAAACAAAGUCACCCAAUUGUAAUGCUCGGUUCUGUUCUGGUCGCAGGUGACUUCAAUCUUAGACGAUAGUUGAGGUAGGAGGAUUCACUUCUCUUUUAAUAGAGACGAAUUUUACUCCACUUUAUCUUUUUUCGCUCAUAUCUGGUUCUGUAAGGAAGAUGGAUUUGACAGUGUACAUUUGAAUGUUUCAAUUGCUUGCCUCUAAACUAGAACAACACCAAUAAUUGAAUUCGAGAUAAAGAGGAAUGCAGUGCAAUAAAUAUUAGGUAGUUCUUUCCC